CUGGUGAACUUAUUCCGAAGGGGAAUCAUCUCUUCCUUAUCGUCUUCAUCGCAUCAGUUGAGCUGCCAGCUGAGCUAUGGCUUCUCUCCGCCACGGCCACCUCUCUCCCUCCGGCGCCACUGCACCACCCUCCUCCUUCGCCCAACUCCGCCGCCCUUCCUCCUGCCUCGCCGGACCACGACCUCUCCGCUCUCGUCUCACCCGGGUGUACGCGCUUUCCAGCAACGAUAUCAGGGUGGGCUCCAACCUCGAGGUCGACGGAGCUCCCUGGAAGGUUCUUGAAUUUCUCCAUGUCAAGCCUGGAAAAGGUGCUGCUUUUGUAAGGACAAAAAUGCGUAAUUAUAUCACUGGCAACACAGUUGACAAAACCUUUCGAGCUGGAAGUACGAUCCCAGAGGCAUCCAUUUCAAAGGAAACUAAGCAAUUUACCUACAAGGAUGGAGCCCAGUUUGUGUUCAUGGAUCUGACUACCUUUGAAGAAAGUCGCUUAAAUGAGUCAGAUGUUGGCGACAGGCAGAAAUGGUUGAAAGAAGGAAUGGACUGCAAUUUGUUAUACUGGAAUGGACGGAUCAUUGAUUUUGAUCUCCCCAUCACCGUUAGGCUGACUGUAACUGAUACUGACCCAGGGCAAGGUGACAGUGCACAAGGAGGAACAAAACCAGCAACCGUGGAAACAGGAGCUGUUGUCACAGUGCCCUCGUUUGUGAACGUAGGCGAUGAUAUCCUGAUUGAUUCAAGAACUGGCCAGUAUAUGAACAGAGCAUAGAAGAGAUGAGAGACUAGACAUCAACAGAGCAUUAGUUUUUGUCUCCCCAUUUUUGGCCCAUUCCCUCACCUCACCCAGGUUUGACUGUAUUGUUUACAGCAUUUGAACCCUCGACAGGAUCAAAAUGCUUUCUCAAAUUUUUGUACUGCAUAUGUGCGUACAUAUUUCACCAGAGCAGAUGAUUAAUGAGCCAAACACAUUGUAAGAUCCAUCAUCCAUCUCAUGGCAUUUUCACAUGUCUGCACACUCAAGCCGGGGUUCCGUUCUGAAUAACAUCACAAGGAAGCUAGAGUUUUGCUACCGAUGUACACCCCGAAAAUGGCACGUGACUUGGCGACAGUUGAGCAAGCGAAUCUGCAGAUGGUUAGUGAUGAAACAGAAUGAGAAGCUGUUACCAAGAAAAUUCUCUCUAUCUCAAUGCACACAUUUCUGACCCUUAAGAUUUUCCAUGUCCUCUAAUAUAAGUGACUGUAUCGUACAAA